AUUUUGGAGGCAACAUCAAUGUGGAGACCAUCAGUGCCUUUAUUGACGGUGGAGGCAGUGUGCUGGUAGCUGCCAGCUCAGACAUUGGUGACCCUCUUCGAGAGCUGGGCAGUGAGUGUGGGAUCGAGUUUGAUGAGGAGAAAACGGCUGUCAUUGACCAUCACAACUAUGACAUCUCAGACCUUGGCCAGCAUACGCUAAUCGUGGCUGACACUGAGAACCUGCUGAAGGCCCCAACCAUCGUUGGGAAAUCAUCUCUAAAUCCCAUCCUCUUUCGAGGUGUUGGGAUGGUGGCUGAUCCUGAUAACCCUUUGGUGUUGGACAUCCUGACGGGCUCUUCCACAUCUUACUCCUUCUUCCCAGAUAAGCCUAUCACUCAGUAUCCACAUGCGGUGGGGAAGAACACCCUCCUCAUUGCUGGGCUCCAGGCCAGGAACAAUGCCCGUGUCAUCUUCAGCGGCUCCCUCGACUUCUUCAGCGACUCCUUCUUCAACUCAGCAGUGCAGAAGGCAGCACCUGGCUCCCAGAGGUAUUCCCAGACAGGCAACUAUGAGCUAGCUGUGGCCCUCUCCCGCUGGGUGUUCAAGGAGGAGGGUGUUCUCCGUGUGGGGCCUGUGUCCCAUCACCGGGUGGGCGAGACAGCCCCACCCAAUGCCUACACUGUCACUGACCUAGUGGAGUACAGCAUCGUGAUCCAGCAGCUCUCAAAUGGGAAAUGGGUCCCCUUUGAUGGCGAUGACAUUCAGCUGGAGUUUGUCCGCAUCGAUCCUUUUGUGAGGACCUUCCUGAAGAAGAAAGGUGGCAAAUACAGCGUUCAGUUCAAGUUGCCCGAUGUGUAUGGUGUAUUCCAGUUUAAAGUGGAUUACAACCGGCUAGGCUACACACACCUGUACUCUUCCACUCAGGUAUCCGUGCGGCCACUCCAGCACACGCAGUAUGAGCGCUUCAUCCCCUCGGCCUACCCCUACUACACCAGCGCCUUCUCCAUGAUGCUGGGGCUCUUCAUCUUCAGCAUCGUCUUCUUGCACAUGAAGGAGAAGGAGAAGUCUGACUGAGGGGCCAGAGCCCCGGGACUCUGCACAGCGUGGAGACGGGGCGGGGGUUAUUAGGAUUCGUGGUUUUAUUUUGCUUUGUUUAAAGCCAUGGGAGAACGGCACAACUUUACCUCUGCGGGAGAUGUAACACUGAGAGCCAACGGGUGGGAGUCGGGAUAAUUUUUAUGUAAGUUUUUCCACUUCGAA